GCCGUGGGAGGCGGCGGUGGGCGUGUGCGUGCGGGUGAAGGACGCCGCCUCUCGCUCCGCGUUCGCAGGCGCCGGCGGGAGCGGCGGGGCUGUUGGCUCCGGCAGCGGCGGCGGCGGCGGCGGCGGCUUCCGGAGUCCCGCCGCGAAGAUGCUGAAAGUCACGGUGCCCUCGUGCUCCGGCUCGACCGCCAGUGUGGACCGGGCGGCCGAGAACCUCGUCCCGGAUUACUGGAUCGACGGCUCCAAAAGGGAUGCUCUGAGCGAUUUCUUCGAGGUGGAGUCGGAGCUGGGACGGGGUGCUACAUCCAUUGUGUACAGAUGCAAACAGAAGGGGACUCAGAAGCCUUAUGCUCUCAAAGUGUUAAAGAAAACAGUGGACAAAAAAAUCGUGAGAACUGAGAUAGGAGUUCUUCUUCGCCUCUCACAUCCAAACAUUAUAAAACUCAAAGAGAUAUUUGAAACCCCUACGGAAAUCAGUCUGGUCCUGGAACUUGUCACAGGAGGAGAGCUGUUUGACAGGAUUGUGGAAAAAGGAUAUUACAGUGAACGAGAUGCUGCAGAUGCUGUUAAACAAAUCCUGGAGGCCGUUGCUUACCUCCAUGAAAAUGGGAUUGUCCAUCGUGAUCUCAAGCCAGAGAAUCUCCUCUAUGCAACUCCAGCCCCAGACGCACCACUCAAAAUUGCUGAUUUUGGACUCUCCAAAAUUGUGGACCAUCAAGUGCUCAUGAAGACGGUGUGUGGAACCCCAGGGUAUUGCGCACCUGAAAUUCUUAGAGGCUGCGCCUACGGACCUGAGGUGGACAUGUGGUCUGUGGGGAUAAUCACCUACAUCCUACUUUGUGGAUUUGAACCAUUCUAUGAUGAAAGAGGUGACCAGUUCAUGUUCAGGAGAAUUCUGAAUUGUGAAUAUUACUUUAUCUCCCCCUGGUGGGAUGAAGUAUCUCUAAAUGCCAAGGACUUGGUCAGGAAAUUAAUUGUUUUGGAUCCUAAGAAACGGCUGACUACCUUCCAAGCUCUUCAGCACCCAUGGGUCACAGGCAAAGCAGCCAAUUUUGUACACAUGGAUACUGCUCAAAAGAAGCUCCAAGAAUUCAAUGCCCGACGCAAGCUUAAGGCAGCAGUGAAGGCCGUGGUGGCCUCCUCCCGGCUGGGCAGCGCCAGCAGUAGCCAUGGCAGCAUCCAGGAGAACCAGAAGGCCAGCCGGGAGCCAUCUCCAAUCCACGAUGGCAGUGAAGCUGUUGCUGAAGCUGUUGAAGCUGUUCCAAAAGAGAAAGUUAAAAAAGAUGGGGCCCAAGUGGCAGCUGAGAUGGCAGAGGCUGAGCUGAGGAAGAGUUGGGCUGAAGAAGAAAAUCAAAAUGCUGAUACAAAUGAUGCUGAGGCCAACUUGAUGGUGCCCGAGGCCCUAGAGGAUGGGCUAGAGGUGGCUGACCCAGAAGCAGAGGAGGGCCCAGCAGAGGAGCAGCUGAACAUUGUGAAGGAAGAAGCAAACCCUGAAGCAGAGCAAGAAGAGCCUGAAGAGCCUGCUCUGGGAUUUGGAGCUGAGCAGAAUGAUGUGGUCCUGCCAGAGCACUAAGCUGGCUUCCUUCCAAUCUGGAAGCCAACUCCCGGUACUUUAUACAUUGUGUUCUUCAGCAAGGAAGGUGUGGAAGCAUGACAGGCGCUAUAGUGAUUCUGUUUUUGAGGUGCAAAAAAAUACAUAUAUAUCAGUUGGUAAUCCUAACUUCAAUGCAUGUGACUGCUUUAUGAAAAAUAGUGUCUUCUAUGGUAUGUAGUGGAUACUUAAUACCGAUGAGAGUUAAAUUUGAAACUAUAAGUAAAGACAACGUUUAAAAACAUGCAUUUUCAGGGACCAGGAGCACACAUUUGAAGUAAAUAACCAAUGGUUUUUGCUUUGAAAACCUAACCAUUGGUACCCUUUGGAUUUCUUCACAAGGCAAUCAUCUCUUUGGACUGUUCCUCAGCCAGUAGUAGGUAGUGCUCUAAGAUGUAUUUCUAUGACAUUCACAUUUUACUUAUCAUCAGUGUGUUUCAAGUGUUUACAAGGAGAUGGUUAUACUUUAUAGUCGUAUGGCAUGUGCAAAAAAAUCCACAGCGGUAAGAAACUGAAGCAUACUUUAAGGGCCAUGAAACCAUAUGCUCCAAAGCUUGUGUAGAGAAUGCUUUUUUAUUUUAUCCUUAGCUGUAUAUUCUAUAUUACUAAUAACCAAAAAUAUUCUAUCUUACAAUUGUUCCAUUUUACAAUCCUAGAGAAAGUAUUUUACCAAUUCAUCCUUCAUUGCUAUCUAAUGAGAUGUCCUUCUGAUGGACAACACUUAGGGAGAAGUAAAAAAUUUUAGGGAAGCCCUAGCCAGUUUGGCUCGGUAGAUGGAGCAUCAGCCUACGGACUGAAGGGUCCCAGGUUCAAUUGGUCCCAGGUUUGAUUCCGGUCAAAGGCG